AUGCCACAUGAUAAUGCAGUUGGACCAAACCUGGUUCCAAGAAAGUUCUGGCUUUUGGUGGGCGGGAAUAUUCUAUCGCCGCCUCCGACUUGGAACCGCCUGUUCACCAUGACGGAGGAGCGAAACAAGGCAGAGCGAGACAAGAAAAUUGAGAAGAGAGAAUUCCAAGAUGCAGCGAAGAAGGCCAAGGCAGAGCUCGAAGCUACCAAACAGGCGUUCAAAGAGGAAUACGGAGGCGGCUUGGCAGGUUGGAAACAACGGAGGCGCAUGGCGGAAGGAGCUGAGGUCGGCCAAAAAGAGGACGAUACUGCCCGCGGGGUGCAACGGACUGACAACCCCGAUGCUGGAGAGAUCGGACUCGAAACGUCCGCCUGA